GAGUUUUGGUGGUGGAGCAUGCCUUCCCGCCCGACUUUGCCGAGCAAUUUCUGGAAGAAGUCAGUGAGCUUGACAACGGCUGGAACCUCCACCCUGCUCCACAGCUGACGCCAGAUCAACCUGACUUGGAGGCUCUGGCCAAAGCACCUGAUGUGAGAUUCCAAUCCAUUGAUGCCAAGCUCUCCAAUGCCUUGAGGAAAGUCAUUGACAAUGCUGGGGACAAGUCCAUGCAAGUGAAGUAUGACAUGUCCAUGAAGAACCAAUUGUAUGGGAGAAGUGGGGACUUCAUCAAGGGACGAGAACUAUUCGCAAUGAUACUGAUUAGCUUCAAGUCACCUGACCACACUGAAGUUCUCUACAACGCCCAUCAUUUGUAUAUGUUCAACUACUAUGGAGAUGACCAGCUUGAGGCCUUCUACAACAAGUGGCUUGACAUCGUAUACAAUAUGAAACAUGAUGAUCUGCCUUCCAACAAUUCCCUGCGUGACACAUUGUUCCGGAAGAUUGAACACUCAAAGCUUAUGGCCUUUGAUAUCAACCGAUACAAAACCUUUGAUGAAGGGCAUCCUGAGAAGACCUAUGUUUACCUAACUGGUAUGAUCAAAGGAUACAUAGCAAGAGGAAAACAAGAACGACUGUUGAAAGAUAGAGAACGUGCAGUGAAACUGUCAUUGUCCUCUAACAAGACGACACCUGCCCUGGAAGAUGCUGACAAACCUGCUGCUCCCAUUAAGACCAAGAAGGAGAAUGAAGCAGCUGCAUCGUCUACAGGUGAUCCUCCCAAACGACCUAAAGCGAAAGGCGAAGAGUGA